AUGAAAGAGAUGCUACAGAGUCGAACGAAGAAAGAGGACGAAUUGCUAGUAAGACAUCGAUCAACGAUGUUCCGGAUUGAUGAAGAAGAGGGUAUGGAUGAAGUUGUGCAGAAGGAAAGGACCGAGAUGAAGGACGGAAGCAAGAAGGAAAUCAAUGGCGAUCCGCUAAACGACCCGCAAGUGAGCGGAUCAAGAGGAUGCAAAGGACAGCGCCUUCAAAAUCCUCGUCUCGCGCUAUUUGAUGGGAUAUAUCAAUUCCGCGACAUCAAGCAUCGCGUUUUUCCGAGCCUUUCUGCCUGCAUUUCGGUCGAGCUUUCUUUCCUCUUCCGACACUGUAAUCGAGUUGUAGAAGUUGUUCCCCAAAACCACAGCGACCGGCUACGGCUGCACCAUAGCGAUGCAGUAGCUCGACAAGAAGAAGGAGCGCGAGCUGAAGACCUCGUCGACAUGCCCCCGCGGAUCCCCCUCACCCCAGAACAAAAGCGAAUCAGAGUAAGCCUCCCCUUUGCUCCACCUCUUUCCUCAGCUUGA